AUGAGUGAUCCAUGUGAAUGCUGCCAGAUCAAGCUUAAGUUUCUAAGGCAGAUCAAUGGCAACUUCAUGCACAGCCUGGUCAUACCGGAGUGGUUUGUGAACCAAUUUGGAGGAAAGAUCUGGAGAACUGUCAAACUAGAGUCCCCUAAUGGUAACGUCUAUGAUGUUGGAGUUACCGAGAAUAUGAACCGAACAAUUUUGAAGUCUGGAUGGGCAUCAUUUGUUGAUGCCAAUAAAAUAGAAGAAAAUUAUUCACUGAUGUUUCGUUACCUUGGAAACACCCGCUUCAAGGUUACAAUAUUCGAUUCCAGUGGUAAGCAGAAAGCGUCGUGCUGUGCUAGGAUGGGAACUGCUGCUUCUGAUGUUAGGAACCCAAGCACAUUUGAUGUUGAUAAUUCUAGUAGUUCUUGUGGUGGUACUACUCAGUCUUCACCAAGUGAAAGAUCAGAUUCAGAUGGAAGCCAAAAGGAAAGCUCGUACGGUUAUAAAAAAUCAGCAAAGAAGGCUGCAAUAUCAGAUUCUUCUGAGGAAUUAUCAGCUGAAGACAGUCUAUCUAGAGACAAUUUGGUGGAGUCAUAUGAUGUACAGGUGCAUUUGAAUGACUAUGUCUUAUCAGGGAAAUGUGAUCUUACAGUAGCACAGGAGGCAAAAAUACAAGCACUUGUAGAGAAAAUUCGAUCUGAAAUCCCGGUGCUUGUUGUACAGAUGAAGAAGACCAGCGCAAACUUUGGUAAUCUGAUAAUACGUAAGGACUACGCACUCAAGUACUUCCCAUGUGAAGCUACAAAUAUCAUACUUCAGCUGCCUAGGAAGAACAAGGAAUGGAAGUGCAGAUUUAAUCCAGGUCGGCGCAACCUUUAUUUGGGCUACUUUGUCCAUGACAACUGUGUUCAAGAGGGAGAUAUCUGCCUCUUUCAGCCAAUAGCAAAGGUUAAGGAAGGAAGAUUUACCAUAAUUGUCCAUCUUCUUCACAAAGAGAGCGUUCGUCGUUCCCCUGGCGGAACAGCAGGGAUGACACACACGGCUACCGACAGAAGAACAAGCGCAAAGACGUCCUUAACAGCCCGUGUUAAGAAAACGUCCUUAACAGCCCAUGUUAAGGAGGAACCAGCCACCGAUGGCGAACAUAAGACUACUGACAGAAGGACAGGCGCAAAGACGACGUUAACAUCCCGUGUUAAGGAGGAACCAGCUACCGAUGGUGAAGAUACUUCAUCUUUGAGACCUGAAGAGGAUGGAGACAAUUCUGAGGGAGCUUCUGAGACCCCCUUCGUACUGCCAGAAAGAGCCUCUAUAACGCCAGCACAGGAGCAGAAAGUGCGGGAGAAAGUAGAAGCCUUUGAGUCGACAGUACCAGUUUACGUCGCGAUCCUGAACAAGUGCAAUGUUGCUCGGAAAUCCGGCAUGAUAAUAACCAUGGGCAAGCUGUACGCGUCAAGAUAUCUCCAAAAACAGUACUUUACCGGGCAUCGUGGAAAGAAGAAUGUGAUCAGUCUGGUGCUUCAGCGGGAGGGAAAGAGUAGGAUGUGGGACACGGAGCUGCGACGCGGGAUUGAUCGUAUGAUGAUCUGUAAAGGAUGGGUUGCUUUCGCCCGUGGCAACCACCUGCAGGUGGGUGACCUCUGCCUCUUCAAGCUGAUGGAGAGCGAGGAGCCGCUGAAGAUGAUGGUUUACAUCAUUCGCCGUGAGAAGUGCUUAGAUUGA